AGAGAGAACACGAUGCCUCCCGCGAGUCAGCUCGCGCACUGGCGCUAAUAAGAGCUGAAAUAUUAUAGCUCUAUUGUAUCGGGGGGAAAAAAAAGACACAGAGAGAGAGGUGGAGGGGGGGCGGUUUUUUGGCGUGACACGUCGCACUUCUCUCAAACCUCUUCCCAAUUUCUCUCGCCCUUAGUUCGGCUACGGCGGCUGGCAGCGGUCAAAAGUGGCCGCGCGCGCGCGCUGGCGAUUCCGUUUCGCUCCGAGACAUGGUUCUUGUUUUUACUUUUGGCGCGUCGGUGCCUUCCGACCACCGAGGCUGAAGUCUCCCUGUCUGUUUUUCCCUCCGUGUCCUGCAGUAAAAGCAUGGUCAUGGCUGACUGUGAGCCGAAAGCGGCGCUCCGCGGGCCAGUGCGUGUGGGCUUCUACGACAUCGAGCGCACGCUCGGCAAGGGAAACUUCGCCGUGGUCAAACUGGCGAGACACAGAAUCACCAAAACUGAGGUGGCCAUAAAGAUCAUAGACAAGACCCAGCUGGACUCGGUAAACCUGGAGAAGAUCUAUCGCGAGGUGAAGAUCAUGAAGAUGCUGGAUCACCCACAUAUUAUUAAGAUGUACCAGGUCAUGGAGACCAAGAACAUGCUCUACUUGGUGACCGAGUAUGCCAAAAACGGGGAAAUUUUUGAUUAUUUGGCCAAACAUGGACGGCUGAGUGAGCCUGAAGCCCGUCGCAAGUUUUGGCAGAUUCUGUCUGCAGUGGAAUAUUGCCACAACCGCAACGUUGUACACCGAGACCUAAAAGCUGAGAACCUGCUGCUGGACGGACACAUGAACAUCAAGAUCGCAGAUUUUGGAUUUGCAAACUUCUUCCAGCCGGGAAAGCCUUUGGCCACGUGGUGCGGCAGUCCACCAUACGCCGCUCCUGAAGUGUUUGAAGGCCAGCAAUAUGAAGGACCGCAACUGGACAUCUGGAGCUUGGGGGUGGUCCUUUACGUGCUGGUGUGUGGAGCUCUGCCGUUUGACGGUCCCUCUCUACCCGUGUUAAGGCAGCGCGUGCUGGAAGGCCGCUUCCGAAUCCCGUACUUCAUGACCGAAGAAUGCGAGCAUCUGAUCAGGAGGAUGCUGGUGUUGGACCCAUCCAAGCGGCUCUCCGUGGCUCAGAUUAAGGAGCACAAGUGGAUGGUGCUGGAAGUUCCCGUACAGAGACCUCUCCUCUACCAGCAGUCCAGCACGGCCGAGGAAGAUGCCGGACUGGGAGAGUACAGCGAGCAGGUGCUGAGGCUCAUGCACAGCCUCGGCAUCGACCAGCACAAGACCGUAGAGUCUCUCCAGAACAAAAGCUAUAACCACUUUGCUGCAAUUUACUACCUGCUGGUGGAGAGACUGAGAGCGCACAGAUCCAGUUUCCCAGUGGAGCCACGUCUGGAUGCUCGCCAGCGCAGACCCAGCACCAUCGCUGAUCAGACCAUGGUGAAGUCGAGCAGCGGCGCUCCCCAGGUGAGCCUAAUGCCCCAAAAUGUGCGUCUGCUACGCUCCCUGGCUGUGCCUCAGGCCGGGAACGACUCCUACGCUUACCCACAAUCCUCCUGUGCACCCGAUCACAGCCUCAUGGAGGAGGAGGUGGGGACUCCCAAAGUGGACGGCUGCAUGCUGGACCCUCUGCCUCCGGUGGCCGUGCGGAAAUCCAGCACAUCGUCCCCCAGUAACAUGAUGGAGACAUCUAUAGACGAAGGCAUCGAGACGGAGGACCCAGAUGCAGAAGAGGAAGCUGCACACGCCUUCAACGCCUACCAGACCGCCCGCUUUGGUCAGCGCAGACACACACUCUCCGAGGUCACCAACCAACCCGGAGUGCUAAGCAGCGCAGGCAAGCUGUUCUCUCUGGGCAGCAUGGACUCCGAGUAUGACACCGGCUCCAUGCACAGUGACCUGAGCCUGCUGGAGGACGCAUCAUCCAUUAACGGGGCGGUCCUAGGCAACGCGUCCAUCAGCCGCGUGACUCCGCCCUUUAUCAGCCGCGUGACUCCACCCAACCCGGCCAUGCACGUGCUGAGCUCGCAGACGAGAGAGACUCACAACCGCUCUCCUGUCAGCUUCCGCGAGGGACGCCGGGCAUCCGAUACAUCACUCACACAAGGUAUAGUGGCAUUUCGGCAGCAUUUACAAAACCUGGCUCGUGCAAAAGGCAUCCUGGAACUCAACAAGGUUUACGAGCAGAUGGGCUCGGGGGAAAAUCCCUCACUAGGACUGCUGAACCCUCAGACACACCUACAUAACCCUUUGGAUCCCUUACUGCAGGGAGGUGGAUGUCACCAGCAUGACAUGGCACUGUACUCAGGUGGACCUUCACUCACCAGGAGACAGAGUCUGGAGCCUCAGUACCCCUCCCAUAGAAUUCCGAAAGCGAACCUGAUGGCAAGUCCUGGGAGCUGCCAUAUGUUCUGUAAAGAGACCCCUCGCAGCCUAGAACAGCAGCUGGCUGAGCACAGGUUGCAACAGAAGAGGCUGUAUCUUCAGAAGCAGUCCCAAAUGCAGGCCUAUUUUAACCAGAUGCACAUAGUGGAUGGGACCUAUGCCUCGUGUCCACCGAUCAGCCACCAGGACUCUCAAAGCUCCAUAUCACACCAGCAGCAAAAUACGCAGCCUUAUAAUCCUAUGAUGGAUCCCAACACCGAGACCUUGAGCUAUGACCCUUACCUGGGUCACUACCCCCAGCUGCAGCACUCCACUCUUUCCCCCAGCAUUACCGCCCAGCUCCAGGGUCAGCAGCCCUACAGCUACCCACAGCAUGAGCAGGGCCACUGCCAGCUGGGUGAGGUUCUGUAUCAGGAGCAGUAUGACCCCCCGCUGGAGCCUGGCCAGCCUCCUCCUCCUCUGUGCGCGGCAGCAGGCAUGGCAUCACCUCCAGCACCAGGGUACGAAGGCCUCAAAAUGGCAGAUGCAUUUGUAGACAGCGAGAUGAUGGAGACAGUGGACUCGCAGCACGGCUUCGUGCUGGUCAAAUAGACCUGACGGAUCGUGAGAGGUACACAGUAUCACCUUGAGAUCUGAUUUCGGAGAAAGGAAACAGGUACAGCAUCUGACCACAGUGUGCGUAAAAACAAGAACUUUGCGGUCGUCAUUUUUUUUGUUUGUUUGUUUUGGUUCAACCUGAUUUCUCCGGAACUCCUCUCCAUUGCCCGCGUUCUCCCAGGAAAAAUGUUAUUGGAGGAGCGUGGCUGGAACUGUGAAAGCGCUCUCCUCAUCCUGGACUGACGGACAGCCGCGUCAGCUCAAGCUGGAUGUUUUUGCGCCGCCUCCACAGCCGAGAUACGCGCCCAGCGGAGCCGGAACCCAAACUCAUGACGCGUUUGGUAUUGACAUGUUUUCUCUCUCGUCAUCUGUACUAUGUGGGCCGUCUCAGAGGACGAAACCCGUUCGAUUUGCGCGCCUUGUUAAGUGCAGUGUUAGAACUUCUACAGCAAUACUGAAGCAAUAGAAUCAUGCUGGACUGAACAAAGCCAUACGUUUGGGAGAGUUCAAGACGGGUCACAGCCUACUUUGGUUUUCAUCCCCACAAUCCAUAAGUAUACAUUAUCUAUCCUGUCGUAGUGUUACUUGCUGGUUGCAGAAAUAAAUCCACACGGACACAGAGGAGCGGAAUCGUGGACCACGUGGCGUUUACCAUGCGAGUCUGACUGACACUACAUGGAUGUCUGAAGGAAUGUGUUCAUGUAAAAGGUUUCAUUGGAAAUUUUAGUCACUUAACACUGGAUUAUGGCCAACUGA